GGGGUGGUGUCUGUUUGUGUGGGAUCAGGCAAGGGCUUGCCUGUAUGACUAGGGCCACUCGCAAGUUUCCUGUCUGGUAAAGCUCUAGCCCUGCCCAGAGACGGAGGCAGCAGAGCUGGCCGGCAGGCAGGGGAGGCAGAUAGGGCCCGGGAAACAUUUUCUGCCUAUUUGGUAAGCACUCCAAAGACAUCCACAUACACACUCACACUGUGUCUUUAGACUGUGACUGAGCGGAGAAGAGAGGCGAGCAGAGGAAAUAAAUACCAUAGCGUGUUGUGUGUGAAGUAGAGUGAGAGGGAUGGGGCUUGAUAGAGUUCAGAGUUCUUGACCCACUUGCGGAUAAAGAAGUGGAUGACAAAUAGGUCAGGACUGAGUGCAAGGUGCUGCACAGAACACUGCUCUGAGAAAUAGUUAUUGUCAUAAAGUUUUUAUUCACAUCAGGCCAACUUUUUAACUAUGGGCAUGCAAGUUCAUCAAGGCAUAAUAUUCUUUUUAAUGUUCCAAUGUUUCAUCCACUGCUGUGAUUAAAUGGCACUGCCGCUAUUAUUAAUAGAGUGAAAAGAUGAAGUCCGUUGCGCAUCCUGUACUACUGCUUCUUCAGGGGCGUUAUAGUAAUUCCACAAAAAACACUGCAUCAAAUGUUUGCUAGACUGUGGCAGAGCAACCAUGUUGAUAGCUGACAUUCACAUUCAAGUGCAGGUGGGGUGUUGAGUAAUCGUUUAUUUGAGAAACCUAAGUGACAUCUUCUUGCUGAAGGGGAGAAUAUGUGGCAAGUCUUGUGAUGACUGUAACAAUUUCUCAGUCCGAUUAAAUAUUAAAGUAAAACUUAAGCUCUGUUAACUUUAUGGCCCCUUUUUUCUCAGCUACUCACACCAUGGUCAAUCUCAUGGCAUCUUGGCAUGGUAUUUUACUACCAGUUCACUCAUCCCCCUUCCUCACUAGCAUCUUGUUAAAAACAGAUUCUAAUCUCGCCUGUCAUGUCCUGCUUGCUUGUGGCUCGUGGUUUAAAGACUUCACAAGAACUCUGACUGCCUUGCUCGAUAACCAGAUGCAUAUUUUUUGGCUUUGCAUACUUGUUGAACCCGUUUUCUAAACGUGUGGGCACGGAGAGGGUACGAGAAGAGCACAGUACAUGAAGACGCCCAAAUGCUGGGAAAGUGUUUGGAAUGCCUCUACGAAAGCGGCUGCAAACAAGACUCCAGGGGAAUUGCAGGGGACUUCAGUGGCUGUGGGCAGGUCCAAGACACCACCCAUCAAUUUGGCGGCAAGAUUGAGAAAGACAGGAAAGGCAAGGGAGAGAGAGAGAGAGAGAUGGAGCGAAGGGCCCGGGCCGGAUUCGAACCCGGGCCGCUGCCAUAAGGACUCAGCUUUGAUAUGACAGGCAGACGGACAGACGGCAGGACGGAUACACGGGUGGGGGCUGUGCUAGGCGGCUCGGCGGCAGGCUGGUGGAAGAUGUCGUCAGGAGCCGGUGGGAGGGGUGGAAGGCGGCUCAGGGGAACAGCAACCAGCGGCGGUGGAGGAGGGAGAGGAGGGGCAGGAGAGGCAGAGGAAGGGCCUGUGGGGAUCCCUUUCCCUGAGCACAGCGCGGACAUCCUCGGCAGCCUAAACAAGCAGCGGCUCAGCGGCCUCCUGUGUGACGUGCUCCUGGUUACCCAGGACCGGGAGUUCCCAGCUCACCGCUCCGUCCUGGCGUCCUGCAGCUCCUACUUCCACAAGCUCUUCACUUCAGGGGCCGCUGCUGACCAACAGAACAUCUACAACAUCGACUUUGUGGAGGCGGAGGCUCUGGGAGCGUUGCUGGACUUUGCCUACACAGCCACCUUGACAGUCAGUCACAGCAGUGUGGCUGACAUCCUUGCCGCUGCACGUCUCCUGGAAAUCCCACCUGUCCAGGAUGUCUGUACACACCUGCUGGAUACCAAAGUGCUCUCCCCGCCGGCGGGCAGUGAGCAGAGAGAUGAAGAUGAGGAGGGUAAGGGCAGAGGAGGCAGGGAGCCGGGGAACCGGGUGCGGGCCCAGGAGUACCUGGAGUACUUCCAGAGAGGGGCGCACUGGAGCAGCAGCUGCAGCACGCCAGAGCUCAGGGACCUGCCCACACACCUGCACUUUAACCACGGUAAUGGGGGGGCCCCCAGCAAUGGGACUCCAGCUGUCCCUGGUGAGUACUACUCCCCCCUGGCCAUCGCCUUGGCCCAGGCCCCCUCACAGGAACCAGAGGAUGAGGAUGAGGAUGAAGAAGAAGAUGAGGACGCGGAGGCGGUGCAGGGAAACGGCGCAGGCCUGGGGUCAUCUUACUACCCUCCAUCCCAAAAUGGGCACUUCUACCUUCCCCCUGAGUCUAGGCUUGGGCAGGAGGUGGAGGAUGGAGGUAGGGAGGUGAUGGCAAGGGAGAGGGGUUCUGCCAGUGCUCUCCUGCAGCAGAUGAUGGACUCCAUCGAGAAGCAGAAGGAGCGUGCAACAACCGGGGAGGAACAGGGAGAUGGGGAUGACCCAGACAUGGAAUUUUACUUGAAUUAUUUUAACAGCUCACAGCAUGAGGAUACAACUUCUGCUGCUGUGACACAGGGAGUGCCGCCACUCUGGUUAUCACGGGGCAGAACGGGCCAAGAGAGAGUUGGAGUAGGAGGAGGAGAGAGGGGGGUUGGAGAGAGAGGCAACGGGGGUGGAGGAGGUGGAGGAGAGAGGAAGAUGCGCUCUAAGGCCUUCCAGAAAUGCCCCAUAUGCUCCAAGGUCAUUCAAGGAGCAGGCAAGCUACCCCGCCACAUCCGAACACACACAGGAGAGAAACCCUAUGAAUGCGCCAUCUGCAAAGUGCGCUUUACCAGGCAGGACAAGCUCAAGGUUCAUAUGCGGAAGCAUACAGGAGAGAAGCCUUACCUGUGUACGCAAUGUGGAGCCGCCUUUGCUCACAACUACGACCUGAAGAACCACAUGCGCGUACACACCGGCCUGCGCCCCUACCAAUGCUCAAGCUGCUUUAAGACUUUUGUGCGCUCGGACCACCUGCACCGCCACCUCAAGAAGGACGGCUGUAACGGCAUCCCGUCUCGUCGAGGCCGAAAGCCUCGUGUGCGAGAGCCAGGGCUCCUUGAUGCACCCCUGGGCCUGCUGAACCCCAUCUCCGACACAGGCCCUGGGCCUCGUACCAUGAGGGGACGGCGGCGCUCAGAGGCAUCAUCAGCGGCUGAGGUGGAGGGGGCUGCUGAAGCCCAUGCACACAGUCCUCAGCUGCAGGAGUUGGCAGUGGAGGCAGGGCCCUGAGACUGCAGGGGCGACAAGGACACUGCUGGAUACCAUAGUCACUCUGCACAGCCUGUGAGACAGGCCAGUGAACAGAGAGGAGAAAAAACAUGCAAAGGCAAACUUUAAAAAAAAACAAACAAACAAAACAACUAACUAUUCCUCUAUAAACCAAAUCAGGGUGUCACAAAAAAAUCUAAUCUUUAUAUUUCUUUCUCCUUUUACUUUAGGAAAUGGAGUAGACAUGCAAGCACUUGAGUCGGUUUAUGUUUCUGAGCAAAGAACGCUUCAAAUCAUGCACCCAUGACGUCCACUUUCUGGGCCAUUUCUUUCUUUAUAAUAUUAGGUGUUUUAUACAUUGGCAUAUGCUUAGGCAAAUGUAUGAUAGAUACAAAGAAAUUCUGAGCAACUAUGCAGUUGAUUUAGAUUUUUAUUGGUUUUGUCCUCACAGCCUUCAAGCUCUAAGCAAGGUGUCUAUAAAGCACCUUCUGGCUGCUGUACGGGUGAAGCGAGGACAAAUCCUCCCAGUGAAAACAACUCUUUUUCUAUUCUUUUGCAGGUCUGAAAUGUACAGUUACCAUAGAAACAACAUUGCCACAAUAUGGCAUAUGCAAGGAAAACUCACCACAAUUUUGAUGCAACAGUUUUUCUCUCUAAAUGUUCCAGAAAGAAUCAGACAAGGGUUUGAUUGAAGUGUUACUUUCUCUAUAAAAUGCAUUUUAAGAGUCUAUGGUUUGUCUUACUGAAAAACAAAUCUGAUGUUGAGUCAAAUCCACUUUAAUGGGGGCUCGUCAGUUGCAGGGCUAGGGAAUACGAGGGGUGGAGGGUUUGUGUUUUUAAAGCACUACCAUUGUCAAUAUCUGUUGGCUUGACUACGUUGCCUCUUACCCCUUACAACCCUGCAAUUUCAGCAUUUCUGUUUUCCCUUUUGAUUUUGUCUUAAUUUUUUGUUUUUAUUUUGGCGUUCCUUUUUGUUGACUGCUUUGGGUACUUGACACUUUAUAAUUGUAUACAUGUGUAUAUACAGCAGGUGGUGAUAUGACAUUGGUCCCCUCUUAAUGCUGAGGUGUACUUAACAAUCGGGUUUUCCUCUUAGGCUUGAUGUCAUAUUUCUCACAGAGUGAAGCUUGUGGGUGAACGAAACAAACUGUAUGAAUGUUUGAUGGAGAAAGAAACAUUGAGUCAGCCAUUUGUCCUAAACUUAACACUUGACAUGUAUAGUUCCUGCCCAAAGGAUGAGGGGGUUGAAUGAAUGAAUGUGCUUAACUUUGUGCAGUUUUUUUCGGAAUCUGUCCUUGUGUGACAAGGCGCGGGUAGCAUUUAACCAAUCGCAGGUUAAAGGAAUGGCAGGGAGCCCAAGUGAGAGAGUGACAAAGAGUACGAAGAACAGAUAGAUGAGCACCUUUUUUUUUUUUUUUUCUUUUUUUUUCUCUCUGUUUGCACAGCUUUACUAAAGAUAUCCAGCAGGGCGAGAGAGAGAUGUAUAUUUAAAGGAAGUGGGGAGGGGAUGGAGUGAGAGGAGGUUUAUGGAUCAUGCUUAUUCCAAUCUUUUUGCCCUAGGGACCACACAACCGUGAGGCAACCUGUAUGAUGAAGAGAGCAAUAAAUACCUGUCCAAGUUGGGAGGCCAAAUAGGAGCGCAGCUGCAGCUGGUUGAUGGGGGAGGGGAAUAAGGGAAGGGGAGGGGGAUCUCACAAUGUCUGUUGCAUUCCAAAAAAUAAUCUCCCCCAGCUCAGCCACGUUUCCAGGCAGGAGGGGAUCAAAUCAGGCCUUUUCUCCCCCUCUCUCUCCCUCUGUAGUCCUCUAAUGCCCCCGAACCAGCCUGGAGGGGAUAUUAUUAUAUUAGAGCCUGGUGUUACUCUGGGUAGGACGCCUGGUGCUGGCAGUUUAGUGUGCGAGUGUGUUUACAUGUACGUGUGUUUGUGUACAUGUGUGUGUGCGUGGCAGCCAGGGUCGCUCUGGCCACAUCAUCACUGUGUGAGUCAGCUGCAGCCUGUUCAAACAUGCACCCUGAGCUGCCAGCCCCAAUGCACUUUCUCUGCCUCGCUCUCUCUCUCUCACACACACACACACACACACACACACACACACACACACACACACACACACACACACACACACACACACACACACACACACAGGGUCCAGGUAUCCUGUAGAGAAGGGGGAAAGCACCAGAGCUGACAAAUCUGUUUGAAUAUUGUCAGUGAUUCCAUACAUCUGGAUUUGUUAGUCUUAAAAUAUUCAAGUUGUGUUAUUGUACUCCAAAUCCAAUGUUAUUUUCCAAACUAGCACAUUGAGCCUUUCAGUCCAGAACAGAACGAUUUGGAGUUUGGAGUGAUUUAGAGCCCCCCCCCCCCCCCAUAUAAUUUUUGCAGUAGUGCUGUAGUUCAACUGUCGGUCCAUAUGCACCUUAAUUGGAGAGAUGCAGGUUAUGAAUGCACUUUGUUACUGAGGAGGGCACUUUUGUCAACGAAACGGGUACUCUGAAACAAACCAGAUGCAAAUGAGAUCAGUCCUUUUGUCUGUCCGUGGUGAAGUUUAGCUCCUUCACUGGUUUUGUUCAGGUUUUGACGACAAGCUGCCAAAAAACACCCCAAAAAUAUACAAGUUCAGAUUUCUAAAAAAAGAGACACAGGGUGGGUUCAGAUACAAACAUGGUGGGUUUUGUGACCUUUAAAAAAAUAAUCCAUGUAACUGAUUGCACUUGAAGUUAUUUGUUAAAAAGAAAUCUAGUGAGUUGUCUUUAUGUCUUAAUGUAAAGGAAAGUGAUAGAAGGAGGAGGCAGACGAAGAGGAAAGGGCACUGUGUGUGUGUGGCGUGCAUAUUUUUUUUUUUCAUGCAUGUGCACAAGCAUGUUUUGCUGGCUGACAGGCUGGAGGGUCUCAGGACAAGCUUGGAUAAACAAACUUCGUGUCUACCCCAUCUGUUCACCAGCUACUCUCAUAACUACAUGUGUUCUCUGAGGAACCACAGUGAUAAUAGGUCCACGGUACCACAGAAGCAAAAAUACCGUAUUGUUAAACAACUCAUUGGACAAUUGCUUGUUUACUUCACGGCUCUCUUGGUGCAGAUUUGCAUAACUCUUCAUUUACCCUUGUUGGUCAUUGUCAGGGGUUGGCAAGGUCUUGAGAGUUUUAGUUUCUAUUUUUGUCUCUGUUAUGAUAAAGAUGGGGUUUAUUAAUGCAGAGUUCGACUCCCACAGACAGGCCAAUGUAAGCUGGGUAUAUCUACCUGGUGUGUGAUCUUUAUAUAGUGGUACUUUGUAUGAACUGCUUAACUCCAUUUUGUCUUUAUGUGGCAGAAGUGAGACCUGUGAGCCAUCUUAAACACAUGUGUCUUUGGACCUUAAUAUUUCCCCCAAAGUCUUAUGUUGAUUAACCAAAGCUUUUUGCCCUCAAUCUUAGUCUACUGCAGGGUAGAAAUGUUGAAAGUGUGUCUAUAAUUUAUCCAGACUGGGCCUCCAUGACUUAGCCACAUGCAGAUGCCCUCCUCUUGAAUACAUAUGCAGAAAAGUGUGUGGAAUCAUAAAGAUAUUUACUUGAGUUUGCUUUCUCUCGCUCUUUGUAUCCUUGUGAACAAUAGAAUAAGAGGUUUAAGGAUGUAUAGUUUUUUUUUUUUUCUCUGUCUACACUCGUUUUUCUUAAAAUAACGGGUUGUGCUACAGCUAUUUUUUUUUUUUCUAACAAUUUUACGUGGCUGUGUGUGUGUGUGUGUGUGUGUGUGUGUAUGUAUGUAUGUGUGCAGGGGGGUCGGGGUCAUGGUUUUGGGUUGCUGUGCCAGGAGGGUGGGGUAAAUGGGUGCUUGGGUGGGGUUAUGGAUAUAAAGCCUGAUAGCACUGGAAAUGGUGCUUUAGCUGAGAGAGCAAAGUUUGCACUAAUGUUAAAUGUCCUUGUCCUGCUUAUGGGAGAAGGGCAGGAGACCUGCGAGUUUCCAUGAGCACAGAGCAGUGUGGUUAAUACUCAGUUGUCUCGUAAUGAGUCCAUCCAACCCCUCCAUAGAAAUAAUCAUAUACAGUAUAUUAAGAAAUAUACUGACGUCCAACAACAACAAAUACCAAAGGAGAAAAAAAUGGCUUCCCUUCAAGUCAUUGGACAUUUUAAUCUAAUGUUGGAUUAAUAGAGUUUUAUUGAAAAGAGAUUCUGGAUGUAAUUUAGAUGGAAACUAGAAAUGGUGUGAUAACAGCAAAUCAUAUUUGCUAUUUAUAUUAAGAAAUAUUCCAAAUAUACAACAUUUAGGCACUUAGAAAGUAUCAAAGCCUCUCCGAAAACAUUUGAAACAUUUGCGUUUGUCCUGAUCUGAUGACUGGGAUGUACUUUGUGCAGGUGCCAGAGAUAUUGGAUCCAAUUCUUUUUCAAUUUCAGAGAUGGGAUUCUAUCAAUAUUUGUCUCAUGUUCAGUCAACUGAUAAUAUAAAAUGAUGAUGAAAAAAAUAUUGUUACUGUUAAACACUGUUAUUUUGAUGAUUUCAGUUUACUUACUGAAAAGAUUGAAUUGAAAUGUUCUCUAGUUGAAGCAGACUGGGACUUUGUGGCCUUGUCUGAGCAGCACUAAGCUUGUUGUUUUUAUGUUUCCAGACAGUCAUAUUGUGCAGUGUGGGGCUGAGGCUCACUCCUACCAGGUGGACAAUGCAAACAUCAAGGGCCACAGUGUGCCUUAUGUCGAAAGGAACUGGCAAAACUCACAUCUUCAUUUUAAAAAAUGUUUUCAUCAACACUUUCAAAUUAAUCAAUCUAAAUUUCAGAUACUGAUUGGCUUGGUACUUGGUACAAGCUUUACUUGAAUGAAUUUAUAAUAAAGUCUCUGUACUAGCCACUACUUCAGAGCUGUGUCUCUGUCAGUCUCUAUGGAUCCACAACUGGUGUGUCCCCGGCCUCAGUCCCAGACGAAGGUUACUCUGACACAGGCUACACUGAGACAGUCUCAGAACACUUGCGAGUGUUUUUCCAAAUUGACCUUGAUAUGUUUUUAUUUCCUAUGCUGUUAUCAAAGAUUUUUGGUGGAUCUAUCUGAGAAGGCCAUAAAACAAAGACGACCAACAACUAUGAUAACAAUUGUAACUGUAAAUAAUCCAGUGAAGCAGGACUGGGUGACUGUUAAUAUCGAGAUUUGUGGCGGCAGACGGGGGACUAUUUGCUUUGCUUCGUCAUUUUUCUGCACACCUGAUAUUUUUUGUGUGUGUUUUCCUCUUCAUGCACAGCAAGCUGAGCGCAGCAUAUGCAGUACGGCACUAUGCGCAGCGUGGCUCUGGCACUUACACAGACAGCCCUGGGUCCUUCGGAGAGGCAGGCUGCUGUCUGUUGGCUGCUCUCAGCCAAGUGGGGACAGUUUGCACUUGGAGUCUUUCUCAGUCUCUGGGGAUACAAAGGUUGGCAGGAGGAUUAAAUACGGGUGGUAGGGGGAGGCUGGAUGUUGUUUUCAGGGAUGAGGUUAGAAAGCCCGGGUGAUGGACUUAUUUGCUGAGCAAUGGUUCAGUAUUGGUGUACUAAGCUGGUAGGAAUUGCAUGGCCACAAUAUGAUAAGAAUUGUAAUACAAAGGAGGUCACCACAGAUUUCACAUCGGGGAACUGCAACAAGGAGAAUGUUGCUUAUCUCUUGUCUCUAUGUAAGUACUACUCAGGUGGAAAAUACACUGCUAUGCAUUGGGUUUCAGUGUCUACUAAGUUUAUGGUAUGUCUAAUCACCCGCUGAGUUACUUCUGUCUUUGCCUUUCUUGUUCAUACCGACAUUUAACAUAAUACUUCCCAGAAAGAUUAAAGCAGGAACAGUUCCCUCAUUGUAAAGUAGCUGUGACCAGCCUAUUUCUCCAUCUAAUAUUGAUCCAGUGAAUUGUUUGUUGGAGGGAAGGAAGCCACUGGAGAUUUGGUCUUAUUAGUCAGACUGUAACAUUUUUGAAAGGAGAUGGGGUUGGAAAAGCAUAGGGGAGUGUUGGGGGGUGGGGUUGCGUUCUCUUGCCUUCUUCUCCUAUCGCUCUCCCUCUCUUCGGACUCAGUCUACAUCUUUGCUGCCGACUGGCCUUUGAUCAAAGAUCACACACCCUCAGCAGGGGAAUCGACAGGAGAGAAAUGAGGGAGAGGGGAUUGAAUGAGGUAUGGAGGAAGAGACAGUUUCAGUUUUAAGUCACCAAAACUAAUUUUAGGAUACAUUCCAUAACUUCAUACUGUGAUUCCCACAUUGGAGUUUUUGGCAGGUGAAAAAGACGUGAGUUGUAGGCAGCAGGAGCAAACAGUCAACAUUUUCCAGUUGGCUUUUUCAGUCAGUCCAUCUAGCCUCACCAUCCCUCUACUGUGUGACAGACAGACAUGUAGACAGACAGUUCAAAAGGCCGCCGGUGUACUGCUAUCCAACUGCCUUUUUUCAGCUUCUGCGAUUGUAACAAAAGCACUUUGCGAAAGGCCAUCCUGAAUUUUGUGUGCUUUUUAUUUUAUGGUUAUCACUAUUGUUGUUAUUUUGUUGUUCCUGUUGAUGUUUUUUUUGUUUCCUCAGCACAGAUGAUUAUUUAAAUGCAAAAAAAACCCCGAUAUGAUGAUUAUAAAAAAAAAUAAAAAUAAAAAACUUGAAUAUUUGUAUUGAAGAUGGUUGGUGCUGCCACCUUAUCUGGACAUAAACAAACACAUCUCUGUACUACCAGCGUACCUGUUGUAUGCAGCUUAUUGCAUAGUCACACAAAGGUGGGGACGGGUGGGGAUUUGGCGGGGGGGCGUAGGACGGAUCUCCCCCUACCUGCUCUCUGCUUACUGUCUCAGAUCUUGUUGGGAGAAAGGUCAUAUGAUCUCAUUUUGGGAGACUCCUUUUCUUGAAAAAGAAACCUGUAUAACCAUUGCAAAGCUUUCUGAGAAGGCUGGCUGUGCUGAAUGUUAAACAUGCAGUGUUGUAUCUACUGCAGAAUCUUUGUCUGCAAUAACGCCCUGUCUGUGUAGUUAAAGGCUGGAUCUGGUAUCCACAUUGCGCUUAAAUGAUUAUAAAAAGACAGAUGAAAUGGCCAACUGACCAUCAUGCACUUUUGCAAAUCAGUACAGAAAAAUGUGUUGGCCUUAACAUCUAUGUUAAAUCAAAAUUGUUGCAGUAGAGUGGAAAAGGUAAUAUUGAUCAUAAUAAACAUUCAAUAAAUCCAUAGUUCAGUAAAUGGUUUAACUUGGGAGAGAAAGAAAUGGGCUACUAUUUAUAAUAGACUGAUUUGUAACUGUGAUUAUGAUUUUUUGAUGUACAUUUAAUAUGUCCCAAUUCUCAAACCUGGACAUUAUUUGAAAAGUUGCGUGAGGCAGACGAUUGUUGCUGCGCUUCUCUCUGUUAAAACUUUCCUCCUUGUUGCACAUCUGACCAUACCCCACUUUGUGCAUCACAACAAAUGCAUUGCAAAGGCAGAAUACCUGCUGUGACAUCACUAAUUUAAUCAAGUGUGUCCAGAAAGUGCAACGUCAUCAAACGUUUUAACCCCGAGAGUGCAGCAGCUGUUUCCUUCCCUACGCAAUUCAAUGUGGACUCCCUUUUUAACGUCCCCUUUUGCUUCACAAAGUUUGUUGGUUUUUUUUGUUUUUUUCUUAGCAGUCUGUCAGUCCAUAUCUGUUGGAAGCUGCGUGGGUUGGGGGGUUUUAGGUGAUUUUUGGAGAAUUUGCACUUUUUGGCGAUGAAAAGAAAUUGUAUUGUAUAUGAGACCACUAAAUCCACACAGUCUAAACCAUAUAAUUCCAUUUUGUGUCAUUGUUUUUGUUCUGUUCUUCAUUUUUUUUUUUUUUUAAUAUAUCCAAAAAUGUCUGGCAUCUGGUUGUCUGGUUUAAAGAAUAUAAAAUCUUUCUAUUAAAAACAAUGGUUGCAAA